GGUGCGUCUACGGCGUCUCGUGACCGCGCAAUGGAGUAUGCGCGCGCCAGAAGAAAAAACGGAAAAAAUGGUGGCCAGCGCUCGCGUCCAGAAGCUGCUCCGGCGAUAUAAACUGGCCAUAGCCGCGGCGCUGACCAUCCUCCUGAUCCAGGGGCUGGUGGUAUGGAGUCUGAGGAGUCUGGAGGAGGGCGAGGCCGAGAGAAAGACACGCCGCUCCAAGCUGCCUGACCAUAGUAACCAGGACCCAAAGAGAGACAGUGGCCUUUGGGAGAAGCAGAACUCUGUGCCCGGGAGGAGCAGGGGCAGAUGGAGCAGCAGGUUAGAGCGUACAGGGGGCACGGCGGCCAGCGCCCUGAGGAGGGUCACCAGCCGCAAGGGAGCUCGACCUCGACAGAAGAGCCUCCCAGAGCCCCAUGACCCCUCCAGCAGUAGGAACCUGAGCGACACACGGAGUGCCGCUGAGGGGGUUAGGCUGCCCGCCAUCCCAGGGGAGACGGGCAGUGUGGAUGGGGCCCACCAGGCUUCCAGUAGCGACUUUGUUCCCAAGUGUGACAUCACAGGCAAGGACGCUCUGUCGGCCUUGCACCGAGCAAUGUCUCAGCAGUGCAGACAGGAGAUCGCCAACCUGGUGUGUCAGCAUCAGGCCGGACAGCUCAUGCCCCACAAACUGCCCCAGUACUGCCCUCAGCUCGGUAUCUCAAAUCCAGUGCAGGCUUUUGGUGAGCUUGACAACAGCUUGUUAAAGGUGGAGAACCCUGUGCGAGUGGCAUUUGUCCUGAUGGUACAUGGGCGAGCGGUGCGACAGCUCAAGCGCCUCAUUAAGGCCAUAUACCAUAAGGACCACUACUACUACAUUCAUGUGGACAAGCGUUCAGGCUACAUGCACAGGGAGGUGCUGCAGAUUGCACAGCAGUAUCCAAACAUCCGGGCCACACCAUGGCGCAUGGUCACCAUCUGGGGAGGUGCCAGUCUUUUGAAGGCUUACCUCCGCAGCAUGCAGGACCUGCUCGCAAUGCUGGACUGGAAAUGGGACUUCUUCAUCAAUCUGAGCGGCACUGAUUUCCCAACCAGAACAAACACUGAAUUGGUCUCAUUCCUUUCACAAAACCGAGACAAAAACUUCCUCAAGUCCCACGGAAGAGAGAACACCAGGUUUAUUAAGAAGCAGGGCCUGGAUCGACUGUUUCACGAGUGCGAUAACCACAUGUGGCGUCUGGGCGAGCGGCACAUUCCGGAGGGUCUGGAGGUGUCCGGGGGCUCCGACUGGUUUGCUCUCACCCGCCGCUUCGUGGAGUACGUCAUCAGCUCCCAAGACCCUCUGGUGACAGGGCUCAAGCUGUUUUACACCUACGCGCUGCUGCCGGCCGAGUCCUUCUUCCACACUGUGCUGGGAAAUAGCCACAUGUGUGACACUCUCAUAGACAAUAACCUGCGUGUCACCAACUGGAACAGGAAGCUGGGCUGUAAAUGCCAGUAUAAACACAUUGUGGAUUGGUGCGGCUGCUCACCCAAUGACUUCAAACCGCAAGAUCUCAUUCGCAUCCAGCAAUUGGCACGUCCAACCUUCUUCGCUCGUAAGUUUGAGUCGUCAGUGAACCAGGAGGCCAUAGACAUCCUGGACACGCACCUGUACGGGCAGUACGCUCCAGGCACAGUGGCGGUGAAGGCGUACUGGGAGAGUGUCUUUGAGCAGUUGGACGGCGUGGGCUCCCUGAGUGACGUGGCUCUCACUGCCUACUCAUCCUUUUUUCGCCUCUCCCUCAACAACCUCAGAACCACUCAGAACAUGGACUCUUGCAGGUUUGAGCCAGUUGGUUUCCCGGUGUCGGUGCAUGUAUACUUCCACUAUGAUCGCUUCCAGGGCUACCUGGUUCUGCAGGAGGUCCAGGCUGUAGGCUCACUGGUCAGGGAGACUCUGGAGAUGUGGGCGGUACCACAGGCCACACUGGUCUUUGAAAAUGACCUGAAAGAGUUUGAGAGGCUCAAGAGCCUGGAGAUUGGCACAGAGUGGGAUCUAAAAGAAAGAAUCUUUCGUAACUUUGGUGGUAUCAUUGGCCCAAUGGAUGAGCCAUUUGCAGUGCAGAAAUGGGCUCGAGGGCCCAACCUCACAGCCACCAUAGUGUGGAUUGACCCGGCUCUGGUGGUGGCGGCGUCUUAUGACAUCACAGUGGAUGUGGAUGCAGAGUACACCCAGUACAGACCACCACUACAGCACCCUCUGCGGCCGGGCAUCUGGACGGUCAGGGUACUCAAGCAGUGGGAGCGCAUCGCACAAGUGCAGUUCUUAGUCCUGCCUCUGACCUUUAAAGGAAAGGAGCCACUGCGCAAAGGAGAGGACAGCUGGCUACUGGCAGGGCCUCCUGGUAACCAAUAUCUGGAGCAGAGCUUUGAUCAGCUAAGCUCCGUGCUGAAGCUUCCCCCUCAGGAGCCAGCCAUGCUCAAAGCCCAACAAAACGCUCAGCUGGUAGGGCAGCCUCUAGAGGCCUGGCUGGACAGCCUUGUGGAGGGGUUUUGGGUUACUGGGGACAUGUGUGCCACUCAGACUUCCUCCUGCAGUGCACUGAUGCUGUGUUCACAGACCACAUGGAGCUCCCUGUCUCCAGACCCCAAAUCUGACCUGGGCCCAGUGAAGAGUGAUGGGAGGAUCAGGUAGCAUUCAGACAGGACAUGGACAUCAAGCACAGAGGCUGGUCUGAUACUGGAGUCAGCUGUGAGUCCUCUGGUUUGUGCUCUCUGACGCCAAGCAGAUCAGACUUAGACCACGUCUCUGCACUGGGGCUGUAGCAGGAGGAAAUAACAAAUAACUGUGAUUUUGCACAUAGGACGCUCACCGCAGUGGUUGUGGUUUGUUUAAUGGUUAAACGGUGGAGACUGAGCACUGUAAACCAGCAUGCUGGUUUGUGUCAAGACUUUCCUCUGAAUGAACAACACGCAGUUGUCAAAUGUCAACAAGAGACUUCGGCUGUGUCCUGUCUCUGCUGUGAUAGAGAACAGGACAUAGCACUCAUGUUAUUGUGCUUAUUUUAAAGCAUUACCAGAGUGUGGGACAGGCAGAUGAAGUGCACUUUACUGAGUCCAGCUGUUACGCUGUGGGUGGGACAUGAUGAGGUCACGUGGUUUUAUUUACCUUUUCAGUCCCCCUCCCUCCACAUGUCCCUGCACUGUCUUUGCACAGACACAUUAGUGACCCGGACAGGUGGGUUACGGUACACUUUUUUACUUGUAAUCUGUGACAUAUCAUUUUGUGAUUGUAUGUUACAUUUCUGGAGUAGUCUUUUUAAUUGCCACUUUUUCAGAUCAGGGGAAGUGCCUAGAUAGAACACACGCCGGCAGCACAUAAAUAGCUGACAAUGCAAUCUCUAUUCAAAACAAUCUGUGGUUACGUGAUAAAGCCCACUCGUGUCCACAGGAUGUCUGUGAAGUUAAGUGUUUGGGGUCUUUUGUUGUAGGUUAGCUGUAAGCCAAUGUAGAAAAAACAUUGCAACUGAUAAUGCAACACUUAGGAAUCUGAAAUUUCAUGUUAAUUUUGCUAUACUUUCACUAGUCAUGUACUAUUUUGAUGUCAAAUAUAGGAGUUUGACACUGUAUAUUUGACUUAUUUUAUGAGGUCAACAAUUGUAAGCUGCCUUUACAACUUUGUUUACUAUGGGAUAAUUCUACCGGAUAAGGACUUACAGAACCGUGCUGUCUGUCUUAGUUUAAUUUAAAUUUGUACAUUGCAUCGUUGGCCACUCUUGAGUUUUUAAGUGUCCUUGUUUACCUUGCACAGAGAAAUGUUAUUUUUCUAUAAUAUUCUAGACGAUGCAUGUUAUGUCAUCUGUCACCACCAGGACUGAGUCGAUAUAUUAAAAACUGCUGACUACUUG